AGGGGGAAAAAAGACCUGUUCAUGUUUUGGGAUAUUAUUCUUUCAACUGGCUGGAACCAGAGUGGAUCAAAAGAAUGGGAAAUGCCUGCAACCCCUUGAGAAGAAUUUCUUUCCUAUGCCUUUUAUCGGUACUGAUGCUGACUGAAGGGAGCAAACCCGGAAAGACAACAUGUCCUGCUUCGUGUACCUGUUCCAAAGAUAAUGCUUUAUGUGAAAAUGCCAAAUCUAUUCCGCGCAACGUUCCUCCUGAUGUUACCUCACUAUCCUUUGUGAGAUCUGCUUUUACUAAAAUCCAAGAGAGAAGUUUUGUCUUGUCACCAUCUCUGCAACUUCUGUUAUUCACAGCAAAUAAUUUUGAUGUUAUUAGUGGUGAUGCUUUCAUGGGCCUUCCUCAUCUAGAAUAUUUGUUCAUAGAGAACAACAAUAUCAAGUCGCUUUCAAACACCUCAUUCCGAGGACUGAAAUCUUUAAUUCAUCUGAGUCUUGCAAACAAUAAUCUCCAAACACUCCCCAAAGACAUAUUCAAAGGCUUGGACUCUUUAACAAACGUCGACCUUAGAGGAAAUGCAUUCAGCUGUGACUGCAAGUUGAAAUGGCUAGUGGAAUGGGUGAGCAGAACAAACACGACAGUAGAAGAUGUUUAUUGUGAAAGCCCGCCUGAGCACAAAAAGCGUAAAAUCAACAAUCUAUCUCCAAAUGAAUUUGAUUGCAUUAUUACAAAAUUUGUUGUUUUUCGAAAGCUGCCAUAUCAGUCUCUGUCAGUGGAGGCCUUCUCAUACAUGGAUGAUGAAUAUGUGGUUAUCGCGCAGCCUUUUACAGGAAAAUGCAUCUUUCUUCAGUGGGAUCAUGUGGAAGGGACGUUUAGGAAUUUUGACAACAUUACAGGGACUUCAGUGGUUGUCUGCAAGCCUGUGAUUUUUGAGAAUCACCUGUACAUCAUCGUUGCCCAGCUGUUUGGCGGUUCCCAUAUAUACAAAAGAGACAUCCACACCAAUAAGUUUAUAAAAAUUCAAGAUAUUGAGAUUCUCAAAAUCAGAAAGCCGAAUGACAUCGAAACGUUCACCGUUGCAAAAGAUCAGUACUUCAUCAUCGCAGACAGUUCCAAAGCUGGCAUCACCACUGUGUACAAAUGGAAUGGAAAUGGGUUUUAUUCCGAUCAGUCUUUGCACGAGUGGUACAGAGAUACAGAUGUGGAGUACCUGGAAAUCAUGGGCAAGCCUCACUUGAUCUUAUCAAGUAGCUCUCAGCACCCUGUCAUAUAUCAGUGGAACAAGGGAUCAGGCAAGUUUGCAGAACCGACAGCUAUACCAGACAUGGAGGAUGUUUAUGCUGUAAAGCACUUCACGGUAAAAGAGGAUAUCUAUGUAUGUUUAACCAGAUUCAUUGGCGAUUCCAAAGUAAUGAAGUGGGGAGGCUCAAAAUUUCUGGAUUUACAAAGGCUGCCAUCGCGAGGGUCGAUGGUAUUCCAGCCACUUCAGAUAAAGAAUUAUCAAUAUGCUAUCCUUGGAAGUGAUUAUUCUUUUACUCAGGUUUAUUACUGGGAGGCAGGAAAGGCCAAAUUUGUGAAGUUUCAAGAAUUAAACAUACAGGCGCCAAGAUCUUUCACACAUGUGUUUGUUGAUAAACAAGAUUUUCUCUUUGCUUCAAGCUUUAAAGGGAAUACAGUGAUUUAUAAACAUAUUAUAGUCGACCUAAGUGCGUGACUCACAUGCAAAGGGCAGAAUCUGUUGCAAGACUUCCUUGUGGUAACAUGGAUCUAAGGAACUAACUGCAUGAUGAUGAUUCUCUUUACUUCCAAUCUGCGAAUGCCUUUAACGGUCAAGAUUACUAAAAUAAAGUACUACGAGUAACUUCAUCCUUAAAUGUCAAGUCUAGUGCUGUUGGGAACUUGCAUUUUUAAAGAAAGACAAAUUCAAUUGUUAACUAUCCUUUGCAACCACUGUGUAAAAAGAUACUGAAACUGCAUCUCUUUUAGGUGGGGAAGCAAACAACAAGAUGUAAUUUUCCAUUAUUCACCUAUUUGAAAACAACUGCCAAAUAAAAUGUUUACAUUUUCUUUCAUAUUCCA